UGUAGCGACGUCAAUUGACUGUAAAAGGAUUACGCCGAAAUUCGAUCUCUUUAAAUUUGCUCUAACUAUUGUUUUUCUUUACAUUUGCGAUUAUGAGUUGUGGAUUCGUUACUUGUGGCCCAAAUGAGGCUCUCGUAGUGUCAGGUUGUUGCUACAGCAAGCCUCUACUAGUACCUGGAGGUAGAGUAUUUGUUUGGCCUAUUGUCCAACAAGUUCAAAAAAUUUCAUUAAAUACUAUGACUCUACAAGUAGAAAGUCCAACUGUGUAUACAUGCCAAGGUGUACCAAUAUCUGUAACUGGAAUUGCACAGGUCAAGAUACAAGGACAAAAUGAGGAAAUGUUAUCCACAGCAUGUGAACAGUUUCUUGGAAAAACUGAAGAAGAAAUUCAUAAUAUUGCACUUGUAACAUUAGAAGGACAUCAACGAGCAAUAAUGGGAAGCAUGACUGUAGAGGAGAUAUAUAAGGAUCGUAAAAAAUUCAGCAAAGAAGUUUUUGAAGUUGCAAGCAGUGAUCUAGUCAAUAUGGGCAUUACUGUUGUAUCAUAUACAUUAAAAGAUAUCCGAGAUGAGGAAGGGGCAAAGGGAUAUCUGAAAGCUCUCGGAAUGGCACGAACUGCUGAAGUAAAACGCGAUGCAAGAAUUGGUGAGGCAGAAGCUCGUAGAGAUGCACAAAUUCGCGAAGCAAUCGCUGAAGAACAAAGAAUGGCAGCUCGUUUUCUCAAUGAUACCGAAAUUGCUAAAGCACAACGCGAUUUUGAACUAAAGAAAGCCGCAUAUGAUGUUGAAGUGCAAACCAAAAAAGCAGAAGCUGAAAUGGCAUUUGAACUGCAAGCUGCAAAAACUAAGCAAAGAAUUAUGGAAGAACAAAUGCAAAUAAAAGUAGUUGAACGUGGACAAGAAAUUGCUGUACAAGAACAAGAAAUGAUGAGACGCGAACGAGAAUUAGAUGCAACUGUACGGCGACCAGCUGAUGCAGAACAAUAUAGAUUAGAAAAAAUGGCAGAAGCUAACAAAAUGCGCCUAGUAAUGGAAGCUGAAGCCGAAGCAGAAGCCAUCAAAAUUCGUGGCGAUGCAGAAGCCUUUGCUAUCGAUGCAAAGGCUAAAGCAGAAGCAAAACAAAUGGCAAAAAAAGCUGCCGCGUGGAAUGAAUAUAAUAAUGCUGCUAUGAUAGAUAUGAUGUUGGAUACCCUUCCAAAGGUUGCAGCUGAAGUCGCAGCACCUUUGUCACAAGCGAAGAAAAUAACGAUGGUUUCUAGUGGAAAUGGAACGAUCGGAGCAGAAAAACUAACUGAAGAAGUGUUUAAUAUUGUAACCCGUGUACCAGAAUUAGUUAAGAAUUUAACAGGCGUGGACAUUGCAAAGUCUGUUCAUGCGGCUUAAUCGAAUGGGACAAGAGUUACAAAUACUUACUGACCACAUUCAUACUCGUACAACUAAGUAUUUAACGAGUCUUUGAUAUACACGUUUAUUUUAAUAUGCUUUUGCAUAUUAGAGUCAACCUAUAAGUUUUAAUUUUAAUAACAUUUUGUUGGAUAAAAAAUUCAAUAUUUUCACUGCCAAUCAAUUAAAGAUAACAAAUCACUUUCGACUAGUACCAAUUUUGAAUGGAUAUUUUCAAAAGAAAUAUAU